GCAGAGAGGCAGCGGCAGCAGCAGCAGUGCGAGCAGUGCUCCUGACGUAUUGUCUGUUUUUGUGCGUGAUCCGCGCGGCGGCGUGUGUGGUGGUGCACGAUGACAGAAGACAGCGGGCCUUCGCCGUGGGGAACCGGCCCCCGCCCAAGCGGUGACGACGCGUCGUUGCCCCGUGCUUCCUCGGCGUGGUGCGAGCAGUGACUUCGACGAAUACGUGCCCCGCAAACAUGGCUGCCGCCGAAGUUGUCGUCGUCUUCGGCGACCACGGAGGAUCCGCGCCAGUGGUAGUGAUUCCUGUGGUUCCUCUCCGCUCCAGCAGCAGCAGCCGCCGGCAGGACACGUUGGAAUUGUUGUGCGCCGCUGGUGCCGCCGACGCCGCAGGCGACGGCGUCGCCACUCGGCGAGUGACGGCAACGCGCGACGACGGAAGCUUAGGUCCAGAAUGACGUGCUCGUCGCGACUGGGCUUACGUAAACGCGUUUCGGAACCAUCACCACCAUGGAGACGCUGUCGCAGCGCGACAUCGAACAGCUCGAGGUGGACGUGGAGUGCUGCGACCAGGGCAGCAGCAGCGCGGCCUCCUCUUCGGCCGGGGGCAGCAGCAGCGGCGGUGCGGCCAGUGCCCUGGGUGGCGCGGCCAGCACGAGCAGCAGCCAGCGUGCUGCUUUCCUCGACCUGGUGCGUCAGUCGACGGCCGCCUGCCAGGCCGGAGACUUCGGCCUCGCCGCCCAGCUCUACACGGAAGCCCUGGCCCUGGACCCGGCCAACCACGUGCUGUACAGCAACCGGUCGGCCGCAUACGUGCGACUCGGCAAGUACGCGCAGGCCCUCCAGGAUGCCGCUAAGGCCAGGGAGCUCAACCCUCGGUGGGCCAAGGCAUACUAUCGACAAGGAGUUGCACUCCAGUGCCUGGGCAGGCACGCUGAUGCCCUGGCUGCAUUUGCCUCGGGGCUCAAUCAAGAUUCAAAAUCAGUUCAGCUGCUGGCUGGAUUGGUUGAAGCAGCCAUGAAGUCACCCCUUAGAGCCACCUUGGAGCCCACGUAUCGGCAGCUGCAGUCAAUGCGCCUGGACAAGUCGCCCUUCGUGAUGACGUCGGUGAUUGGCCAGGAGCUGUUGGCCACGGGUCAGCACGCUGCCGCCGUGGUGUUGUUGGAGACGGCCUUGCACAUAGGCACGUGCAGCCUCAAGCUGCGAGGCUCUGUCUUCUCUGCUCUCAGCUCGGCCUACUGGGCGCUGAACAGCAUCGACCGUGCCAUCGCAUACAUGCAACAGGACCUGGCAGUUGCCAAGUCUCUCAACGACCAGGCGGGGGAGUGCCGUGCCCACGGCAACUUAGGGUCGGCGCACUUUUCCAAGGGCAACCUGAAGGAGGCCCUGUCCAGCCACCGCUAUCAGCUAGUCUUAGCCAUGAAGUGCAAAGACAGCCAGGCUGCUGCACUGGCCCUCACAAGUCUGGGCCACGUGUACACGGCCAUAGGCGACUACCCAAAUGCACUGGCCAGCCACAAGCAGUGUGUCCAGCUUGUGCGUCAGAUGGGUGAUCGGCUACAAGAGGCACGUGAGGUGGGCAAUGUGGGAGCCGUGUACCUGGCCAUGGGUGACUUUGAGAGUGCGGUCGAGUGCCAUACUGAGCACCUGCGGCUAGCCAAGCAGCUCGGUAACAAAGUGGAAGAGGCCCGCGCUUACUCCAAUCUGGGCUCUUCCCACCACUACCGACGCUGCUUUGACCAGGCUCGCUCCUACCAUGAGCAAGUGCUGAGGAUAGCGCGCGAGCUCGGCGACCGGGUCAUCGAAGCGCGGGCCUACGCCGGGCUGGGCCACGCUGCCCGCUGCAUGGGCGACGGACAGCAGGCCCGUCGGUGGCACGAGAAGCAGCUGGACAUGGCACUUGCCGCCAGGGACAAGGUGGCCGAAGGGCGUGCCUGCUCCAACCUGGGUAUAGUGUACCAGCUGGCCGGCCACUACGAGGCAGCCUUGAAACUUCACCAGGCGCACCUCAACAUAGCACGGUCCCUGGGAGACCGGGCAGGCAUGGGCCGUGCCUACGGCAACAUGGGCAAUGCCCAGAGCGCCAUGGGCAACUACGAGCAGGCUGUUCAGCUCCACAAGCAGGAACUCACCAUCUCCAAGGAGGUCAACGACCGCAGUGCGGAAGCUUCGACGCACGGCAAUUUGGCAGUGGCAUACCAAGCCUUGGGACGUCACGAAAUGGCCCUCCUUCACUACCACAGCCACUUGAACAUAGCGCGGGAACUGAAGGAUGCCGCAGGCGAGGCAUGUGCCCUGUGCAACCUGGGCAACUGCUACAGCUCGCGUGGGGAAUUCGGUCAGGCUGUGCCGUACUACGAGAACUACCUGCGCCUUUCCGAGGAGAUGGGCGACACCGAGGCCCAGGCGAGGGCUUGCCACUUCCUGGGUUACGCCCACUACUGCCUGGGAAACUACAAGGAUGCCAUUGAUUACUACGAGAAAGACCUCACCCUGGCCAAGAACCUGCACGAUCGCAUCAACAUGGGACGAGCCUACUGCAACUUGGGCCUCUCGCACCUUGCUCUGGGGAACCUGGAUGCAGCGUACGAGUGCCAGAAGUACUUCCUCGCACUCUCGCAGGUCUCGCGGAACUUGCAGGGCAAGUUUCGUGCACUGGGCAAUAUGGGCGACGUGCUGAUGAAGAUGGGAAAAAGCGAGGAAGCAGUGCAGAUGUACCAGAAACAGCUGAUGUUGGUGCGCCAGUCCAAGGAGCGUCACCUGGAGGCUGCAGCGUAUGGUGCCCUGGGCCUCUGUCACCGACAGCUCAAGUGCUACGAAAAGGCCCUUGGCUACCACACGCAGGAGCUGGCUCUGCAGCAAGAGCUGGGUGACGUGCGUGGCGAGUGCCUGGCACAGGGGCGCCUUGGGGCAGUGCACCUCUCCCUGGGGCAGCUGGGCCUGGCACUGCGCUGCUACCAAGCACAGCUGGAGCGGGCACGACAACUGCGCGACUGCCCGCUCGAGACGCAGGCCCUAGGCAACUUGGGCCUCGUUCGUCUCGGGCUGGCACACUACGAAGACGCCAUCGGUUACUUCGAGCAACAGCUUGCACUCCUCGAACAGCUCGGAAGCAGCAGCAGCACUCUGCUGGACAAAGGGCGUGCCUAUGGUAGCCUUGGCGAGUGCUACGACGCCCUUGGCGACCCCGAGGAAGCGGUCAAGUGCCACGAGCAGUACCUGAGCAUCGCCAUCAAGGCGCAGUCUCCACGUGACCAGGAAAGGGCAUACAGGGGCCUUGGAAGCUCGUACCGGAGCCUCGGCAACUUGCAACAGGCCCUGGUCUGCUUGGAGAAACGGUUGGUCGUGGCUCACGAACAGACAGCCGAAAGUGCAGUGCCUGGUAAGGCAGCGGCUUACGGUGAACUCGGCGCUCUGCACCGACAGCUGGGCAACUACGAACAAGCCCUAGCCUGUCUCGAGCGACAGAUGGUGCUCGCGGAAGACGAUCCAUCCGUUCGAGGAGACGCCGCCUGCGGCAUGGGCGCUGUCUACCAGGCUAUGGGUGAUUACGACCAGGCCCUGCAUUGGCACCAAAUCGACCUGGAGAUUGCCGAAGAGACCAACAACAUGGCUGCUCAGGGGCGAGCUUAUGGAAACCUGGGCAUGACGCACGAAGCACUGGGCAACUACGACAAGGCAGUCUCGUUGCAGGAACAGAACCUGAGCAUUGCUGCACAGCUGGGUGACAAAGCGGCAAAGGCUGAAGCCUACAGCAGCCUGGGUCGCGUGCACCACGCUCUGGGUCACGUGAGCCAGGCAUGCAGCUACCUGCAGCAGGCUCUGCAGGCGUGCGAGCAACUCGGGGGUGGCAAGCGGGAGGAAGAGGCCCGCGUCCGGCACCGGCUCGGCUUGGUCCUGUGGCUCCAAGGCGACCUGGAUGGUGCGCAGCAGCAACUGGCCCGCGCUCACGAUCUCCUGGAGGCGCUGAUGGCUGCCAUCUCUCUCGGAGAGCAUCGCGGUGCCGACCCGGUCAUCGCGGAGUUCCUAGGCGACACGGCACAGGCUCUGCAGCGAGUGCUGGUAUCCCUGGGCAGACAGGACGAGGCCCUGUUGGUGGCAGAGCGCAGCCACACGCGCUCCUUCGCAGAGCGCGCCCUUGAGACUCGUAGGAGCCCCCUGGCGGCCACCGCCUGCGUGCCCAACAGCCUGACCCUGCUGCUGGAAGUGGUCAACCGGCAGAAGGCCACCGUCCUCUACUUCAGCCUGGCCGCAGGACACCUACUCAUCUGGCUCAUGGUCCCACACAAAGGAAUAGUGAAGUUCACCGAGACACCCCUGAGUGAAAACCAGUCCGAAGCCCUCCUGCCAGACAAAGAUGGCAAGCUUCCAAAGAAAGCUCCCCUCCUGGAGCGCCACUUGUCGGCACUCCGAGAAUCGCUCGGCGUUGAUCCGGACACCGAGGACGCGUGCCAGAGCCAUUGGGAUGAAGCCAGCGACCGCUUUGGCCAGGAUCCGGAACGCCGAAGCAGUGCGGGUUUCAGCCGCCUGGGCAAUCGAAACCACCUCCUCAACAGCUCCAACUACAGCCUGAGCAGCCUGUUCAGUGUUGGCAGCGUCAGCGUCACCUCCGGUCCCGCCAGCCGUGCAGGCAGCAUGCGUGCACCGCGACCUCAUUGGCCUGGGCCCCCCUCCCUCCACGCACUCUACGAACUGCUCAUUGGGCACGCAGAAGAAGAGCUCAGUCGAUUUGCGGGUCGCGACCUUCUCAUCGUGCCCGACGGCGACCUCUACCUGGUGCCGUUUGCAAUGCUGCGUGGAAACGGCUCGACCGAAUACCUCUGCGAGAGGUUCAGCCUGACUGUGCUGCCAUCACUGUCGGUGCUGCGUGCCUGCCAGCGAGCCAAAGCAGCGAGGCAGCAGCAGCAACACGGACAGCAGCGUGCGGUGGCAUUUUCAUCAACGGCAGCCGGGGAGCAGCUUAUGUCAUUGAUCGUCGGCAACCCUAAGGUAUCGCCCUGCACACUAGAAUGGCUUGGUUGUGCGGAGAUUCCACAUGCUGAACAGGAAGCCGAGAUGGUCGCUGAAAUUUUGGGUGGCGAGCCUCUGCUGGGUGCCGACGCAACGAAGGAGAUGGUGCUCGGAAGGAUGGGACAGGCUGAGUGCAUCCACAUUGCCAGUCACGUGUCUUGGAAGGUUCCAGGAAUAGUGCUGGCGUCGGGAGCGGAGUUUGCCGAGGAUGAAGAAGCGAGCGGGGAAGAGGGAGGGGACGGGGCACGGCCGACGGGAGACGUCCUGCUGACGGCCUCGGACGUGUCUCAGAUGCGACUGGUGGCCCGCCUGGUCGUUCUCAGCACGUGCCACACGCGCUCGUCUCACGGCCGAGUGGAUGCCCAGUCCCUGGAGACGCUAGCGGGCGCUUUCCUUGCAGCUGGUGCGCACUGCGUCCUCGUGUCACUGUGGCCCGUUCCGGACACUGCACUCAAGAUCCUGUUGAGGACUUUCUACUCAUCACUCAUGCAGGGCUCGAGAGCCAGUGCUGCCCUUAGCGAGGCCCUGUGCACGAUCCAGACAACCAAGCAGUUUGGUCACCCGGCUAACUGGGCCAGCUUCGCGCUGGUCGGUGGGGACGUGCACCUUUCCAACCAAGUAGUGCUCAUGGGCCAGGCCCUGGUGGAGCUGCUCAAAACACCCGACAAGUGCCGAGAUGCCCUGCGCGUUGUCCUACACCUGGUGGAGAAAUCCCUCCAGCGCAUCCAGAGGGGUCAGAAGAAUGCCAUGUACACCAGCCAGAAGUCCAUCGAGAGCAAAGUGGGGCCCGUCUCAGGUUGGAAGGAGCUGCUCGUCGCAGUGGGCUUCCGCUUCGAGCCGGCUGCCAACGGACUGCCGGCCUCCGUCUUCUUCCCGCAAGCGGAUCCUGGAGAGAGGCUCGUCCAGUGCAGCACUAGUCUCCAGGCACUUCUUGGCCUGUCUGUGAUCUCCCUGAGUGCCAUAUCCAAGCUGCUGUCAAGCCCAGAGUAUGCAGAUGACAUCAUCGAACUGAUGCACCAGGUUGUUGGACAGCUGGGAAAGACUGAACAAGACAGCGUCGAGUGCCAUGUCAGUGUCAAGCUGUGGAGCGUGCCUGGAUGCCACGAGCUGCUUGCCUCAUUAGGUUUUGACCUCAUGGAAGUUGGCAAGGACGAAGUCACGCUAAGAAUGGGAAAGCAAGCAAAUCGCAGGUCGAUUCAGUUUGCUCUCCAAGCUCUCCUUGCUGUAUUUGAUACUCAAGAAGCGCCAAAGAACCUCAACUUCGACGACUCAAGCGACUUGGACAGCCUGGACAGUGAUGCCCGCACCGACUCCUCGCCACCUCCAACGUCAGCGCUCGGCUUUUCCUCCGGUCCCUUGACUAGGCCUCGCCUCGGCCAAGGCACGGGCGCCUUCUCCAAUUACGUCAGGGCAAGGGGAGAACCCGACGGUCGCACUGCGCCGGCCUCCGAUCAAAAGAACCGUGACAGCGACACCUUCACGCCGAGCCCCGUCAACCCAGUGAGCGCAGCGUACACAAACCUCGUGGGACUCGUUGGAUUCAAGCCGUCCAACGCUGCUUUGGUGCAACAAGGAAAGAUGCGGACUCUCUACAACAACGACAAUUCACCACUCGACGACUCUGGAAAGCGACCGGACAGCUCAUCAUCCGCUAGCUCCGACUGGGAUGCCGGUCAGAUGACAGUGCGUCGUCAGAACGGCAACGCCAGUAGCAGCAGCAGCACCAGUGCUCGUGCGGCCACCUCGAGUGAAAACGCAGAAGCGACACCACCGACCGGAUCGAGGAAAGCUCCAUCGUGUUUCGAGUCCCAGAGCAGCGAUUCUGAUAGGAACGACUUCUCUCUUGACCGACCGCGUUUUGGAGCGGGAAUCUCGCGGCCGCCACCUCCGCCUCUUGCGACGCCAAGGACGAGCCUGGGUGGACAGUCGAAGCAGAGCAGCAGGAGACCGAAGCAGACGACGAGUGCUGAACAACAGGAACCGUGCAUCGAGAUGAACACGCUGCUGAGCCCCACCUGCAGCAAUGGUGAGGGACCUGCGCAGAGGGACAGGAGCAUGCGGGACCACAUCCUCUCCCAUCAGAUGCGGCACUUCUCGAGGGCGCCACCAAUUUCGGACGUGUACCACGAUCGAAACCUGGGCCUUGGUUUGGCACCGUCCCUCUCCAAGAUUCUGGCAGACGACGGCGGGAAGUUGCUCUCGGAGCGGGGUGAAGAGAAUGGCACGGUCGAAGCGAUCCGGUCGAGCUCUCCUCCGCCACUGGUGUCGAGGCGGUGCAAGCCACCACCACCCUCCAAAGAUAGCUGCAAAGCCGCACAGGUUGCAGAAGGGACGGAUAGGGGACAUUAUACGCGGUGCCGUUGGUGAAAGCAACGGCUUUGCCUUGAAACUCGAGGCAGAAAAGACGAACGUUGUAGAAGAACGAAAGCCUAGCAGUGAAAGCAGUGACGAUGGUUCAUCGCAAAACAGAGACGCUGUGUCGACAGUGCGGAGAAAACCCAAGUCUAUAGGUACCGACGAUGGUUCACAGACUGCAGUGUCAGAAUGCUGAGUGACAUUUUGUUUGUGCUUAGUUAGGAUGGGCUAGCUCUACAAUGACGCAUGGAGAGAUGAGAGCAAGGACCUUCAUUAUUUGAAUGGGCACUCUGCGUGUGUGAAAGUGCAUGCUGUGUGAAGUAUUAGAGAUGCACCACUGGUGGUGCCAGCAUUUGCCAUAUCGUGUGUACAGGUGACAAGAGUUACUAUGUUAGUAUUUACAAGUCUGUUCCAAUGCACACGUGCAAGGCCUGCUACCACGAGAUGCGAUGAAUGUAUAGACCUAUGCAGAUGAGUUUGUGCAUCAGGUUAAAGAGACACUAAAAAAAAUAUUCGAGAUCGAUUGCAAUGUCACGCGUUUGUAUCGGAGAGGUCAGUGUGUGCAGGCUUGCCAGGUCAGAAAGGUCCAAGGCGUAUGCCAUUCACUGCGUCCCGUGGUUGCGUUUCUCGCACGUUAGGAAUAAAAUACAAAAGGCCAUCAAGCAACAUUAUUUUAUUUCAGAAUCUCUUUCUUCAUUCUCACUUUUUGUUCUUGCAUAUACUAUAUAUAUUUAUACAACAAACAGGAGGCACAGCCAUUUCCAUAACGAACAAAGCAAAAAAGGACUUGUUCGAAUACUCUUUGGUAUAGUAUGCAUUCUGAGGUCACUCGCUCUUUGUAAAUAUGUGCUACAUGUACAUUUGUCUUUGGCUCUGUGGACUGUGUUUUGUAAAUGUGUUUUCUUUUCCCGGCGCGACACGUGGGUGUGUAAAUGUGAUAGAAAAAAGAGUAAGUAGUGUAUUAAAGCAUCUGCCAUGGUCCUA